AAAAUAUCACUGUUUCGUUAAUUGAUUGUGAAUCACGUAUACCGAUUCAUAUCUCCAAGCACUGCAAAUCUGUUGUUUUGACCAACAUUAGCUCCGCGAGCGUAAAAUUGGGCGUAUCAGGCUGGUUCCACCCAAGAUAAUAUGGCUGCCGAAAUAAAACCAGCGCAGCGGACCAACAAUGAUCGCUUUAACACAUCCAAGAAGCCGGAAUUGCUGAGUAAGCUGGAGGGCAGUAGCGACGAUGUGAACGCAGCCAUCCUAAUUCCAGGCGAAAACGGCGUAAUUAGCGUUUCAGAUGACAAAACCGUUCGAGUUUGGUUGAAGCGCGACUCAGGCCAAUAUUGGCCCAGUAUUUGCCAGUAUAUGCCUUCCGGCUGCACGGCCAUCGAGUACGUCCCGGAUUCCCGGCACUUGUACGUCGGCCAGGAGAACGGCACAGUCACCCAGUACGCCCUGUCCGAAGACUGCAAUCGCCUGUCCUUCUUGCGGGAUUACUUGUCGCAUCAGGCCCGAGUGGUAGCAGUGGUCUUCUCGAGAACCCACAAGUGGGUCCUCUCCGCAGGCAAAGAUAAGCAGUUCGCCUAUCAUUGCACGGAGAGCGGUAAACGGGUGGGCGGAUACAACUUUGAGACACCAUGUACAGCUCUCCAGUUUGAUGCAUUAGCCAAGUACGCGUUCAUUGGCGACCACGCUGGGCAAAUCACAAUGCUGCGGUGUGAUGUUCAAGGAGUUCAGCUGAUUACCACUUUCAAAGGACAUACAGCGGAAAUCCGGUGCCUCAGAUGGGUGGAAGGACCCCAGCUCUUAUUUAGCGGAGCUUGCGAUCAGUCCGUAAUAGUUUGGGAUGUCGGUGGCAAACGUGGCACUAUCUACGAACUGCAGGGACAUAGCAACAAAGUUACUGCCCUGUCCUACGCCAACCAAACUCAACAACUGAUAAGCUGUGGCGAAGACUCUGUUGUUGUUUUCUGGGAAAUGAAUGCGAUGCGGAAAGAAGUUCCUGGCUGGGUGGAGAGCAACAACUGUCAGCUUUGCUCCAGGCCAUUCUUCUGGAACUUCCGCUCCAUGAUGGAUCAAAAGCAGCUAGGAAUACGGCAGCAUCAUUGUCGCCAUUGCGGCAAAGCCGUGUGCGACAACUGUUCAACCAAUCGUAUUAACAUACCCAUUAUGGGCUUCGAGUUUGAUGUUCGUACCUGUGAUCCGUGCUACAAACAACUUCAGACCGUCGAGCGCCCCUCGCUGGCCUCAUUCAAUGACGCCAAGCACUCUAUUGUGUACAUGGACCUCGACGAGGACCGCAAGCGCCUGUUGACAGUGGGCCAGGACAGGCUCAUCAAGAUCUGGGAUCUUUCCAACAUCUGGGCAUAAAACAUCCUGUACGCACACGAAUUAGAUCCAAGUCGACGUACCAAAGGUAUAAUCAUUCACGAGGCGUUUCGGUAUUAACUGGAAACACCUAAUAAAGGAGCGAUGUGGUUGGCAACGAAAAAAUCCAGCCCCUGCUAGGUUCUCAUAUAUUCGAUGUAAAGCAAUAAUCAUUGUAUGUACGUAUGCUUACAUUAAACACAGAAAUACAAGAAUCCAUCGAUACAAAAA